CUCUCUGCAGGAGAAGAGGAAGAUGGCGCCGGCCCCUAACGGCUCCGCCCAAGGCUAUGACGUCAUCAAGGAGGCGGAGCAUCAGACGGGACCGGAGCUGCAGAGGACGGGAAGGAUCUUCGGCGGCCUGGUGAAGGACGUCCAGAGGAAAGCUCCCUUCCUGUGGAGUGACGUCAGGGACGCCGUCAGCCUGCAGUGCCUGGCGUCCGUCCUCUUCCUGUACUGCGCCUGCAUGUCCCCCGUCAUCACGUUCGGGGGGCUGCUGGGAGAGGCCACCAAGGGGAACAUAAGUGCCAUAGAGUCUCUGUUCGGGGCGUCUCUGACCGGCGUGGCCUACUCUCUCUUCGCCGGUCAGCCUCUCACCAUCCUGGGCAGCACCGGUCCGGUUCUGGUCUUUGAGAAGAUCCUGUUCAAGUUUUGCAGCGACUACGGCCUGUCCUACCUGUCCCUGCGCACCAGCAUCGGGCUCUGGACCGCCUUCCUCUGCCUGGUGCUGGUCGCCACGGACGCCAGCUCUCUGGUCUGCUACAUCACGCGGUUCACCGAGGAGGCCUUCGCCUCGCUCAUCUGCAUCAUCUUCAUCUACGAGGCUCUGGAGAAGCUGGUCCAGCUCGGAGAACUCUACCCCGUCAACAUGCACGGGACGCUGGACAACCUCACCCUCAACACGUGUAAGUGCUCGGCCCCGGCCAACGCCUCGGCUGAAGUCCUGCACAUCUGGAGCCAGAGGAACAUCAGCAUGGAGGGCAUCAGCUGGGAGGAGCUCACUGUGAAGGACUGUGUGGAUCUUCAUGGGGAGUUUGUCGGCUCGGCCUGCAGCCACGCCGGUCCCUACGUCCCCGACGUCCUGUUCUGGUCCGUCAUCCUCUUCUUCACCACCUUCUUCCUCUCCUCCUUCCUCAAACAGUUCAAGACCAAGAGAUACUUCCCCACCAAGGUAUCUGGUCCCUGAUACUGG